AUGGGUUCAAAGGACUAUUCAGAAGAUGAAAUGCAACCACUCAUAUGGAAUCGAGAUGGCAUUCAGAAUAACAAACAUUCGCCCAUUAGUCACCCCAAUUUACCCAAUCACUUGCGCCAUGCUCAGUACUCAACUCCGGCACUAGCUUCGGCUGCUGCAUCAUCCAAUAGGUUUAGAGAGAGACUGAUGUCUCCCAAUUUCCCAUCUCGUUCAAAAUCAGGAAAUUCCCUUAAUCAUUUAGCUCACUCUGACUACACCGAGUUUGAAGAGUUUGCAUCACCACGAAGGCGUCUGUCUUUCUCUGCUAAUGAGUAUAUGAAGAUGAUGCCAGAGAGACCGCUUUUCCAUAGAUUGUUAUCGAGUCAUCAUUCAGUAACCAAUCCGAAUUCGGCUGCUGAUGGACACAUCCCAGCCAAUAUGAACAACACACAGGCAUCACAGCCCCUCUUUUACCACCUACACGAUGAGAGCACCUCAUCCUUACAUGAAAGCUUUAUCAAUGAACAAAGGGGAAGGAGUAUUGUUGGAAUUGUUGGUAGUUUACGACCACUGAGAUUAAUUGGUGACGCAAAGCCAUUAUGUAAUUGGUAUGCGCAAUACAAUGAUGAUGCGGCAAAGAUCAAGAACAAAAGGGUUAGAACUUACUAUGAAGAGCAGAAUUACCUAAUUAGUAAGUUUCAGGAGAUUGAUAAUUUUCUCGAUGCUGGGAGAAUUCACUACAACAUGUUGAGCAAUUAUGGCAGCGGUGAGUCGGUUCGUGGCGUGUUGUUGGACAAUAUUGAAGAAGCUGAAGAACCAGCAAGUCCUAGCAGUGCAGUAAACAAUGGGAAUCCAAGCGAUAAGGAGCCAUCCAUGAAUGGGAAGAAGAGUUAUGAUUCUUUGCAAAACCCCGAUUUGGAACGUGGUGAAGGUUCAGUGUCCAAAUUUUCUAGGUUUUAUGACGUCCCGGGAAAUGUUGUUGACGAUGGGUCUAAAUUCCUCGGUUAUAACGAAGAGGAAAAUAGCUCGCAAGUGUUGACUGCCAUCUUGGUCAACUUCCUUAUAAACAUUUUGUUAUUGGUGGGGAAAAUUGCCGUUACUUUACUUACAAAUUCCCUUUCGGUGGUGGCAUCUCUCGUUGAUUCGAUUUUGGAUUUCUUGUCCACAUUUAUUAUUUACAUUGUCAAUCGACUAGCAGCUCAGAAUAAUUGGAAGGUUCGUCAUUCGUACCCUGUCGGCAGGUCAAGAUUGGAACCUUUGGGAGUGCUCAUAUUUUCAAUCAUUAUUAUAAUCUCGUUUUUCCAAGUGGGGCAAGAAUCGUUCAAAAGGUUGUUUUUCAGUACGCCUGAACAAAGAGUUCCGGCAACAAUUGGAUUUGAUGCAUUUUUAAUCAUGGUUAUUACGAUUGUCGCUAAGCUAGGUUGUUGGUUAUGGUGUUCCAAAAGCCGAUCUUCUUCAGUCCAAGCUCUUGCGCAAGAUGCAAUGACCGAUAUCGUGUUCAAUACCGUGUCAUUAUUGAUGCCUUGGCUUGGCCACAUUUUCAGCAUUUGGUGGUUUGAUCCAUUGGGCGCAUUCCUUUUAUCAGUUUACAUUAUUUUCAAUUGGGGCAAAACUGCUUUUGAACAUAUAAAUAAUCUCACGGGUGCUGUGGCCGACCCUUUGGAGUACAAGGUUGUCUUGUACCUUUGUUGCCGAUUCGCCGAGCCUAUUAGACGCAUUACGGCAUUGAAAAUUUACCAUGUUGGUGACAACUUGAAUGUUGAGGUUGAUGUCGUUUUUGCUAAUGACAAGUUUGACCUAAGCUUUAAGGAUUGUCAUGAUAUUGCCGAAGCAUUACAGUAUAGUAUUGAAAGUUUGCCCAUGGUGGAAAGAGCAUUUGUGCAUAUAGAUUAUAUGGAGGGUAAUUAUAAAGGGCAUCUUAAAUAG